AUGGCGCAGUGGUGGCAGAUCCUCUUGGGAUUGUGGACAGUCGUGCCCGCAGUGGCAGGGGACAAGCUGGUCAACAUCUGCAUGAAUGCCAAGCAUCACAAGCGAGAGCCUGGCCCAGAGGACAAGCUCUUCUUGGAGUGUGCUCCCUGGACGGACAAUGCCUGCUGCACGCUCGCCACGAGCUGGGAAGCCCAUCUGGAUGAUUCCUUAUUCUUCAACUUCAGCAUGAUGCACUGCGGCCUGCUGACCCCCGCCUGUCACAAGCAUUUCAUCCAGGCCAUCUGCUUUCACGAGUGCUCCCCUAACCUGGGGCCUUGGAUCCAGCUGGCGGCCCCGGACAGGCAGGAAGAGCGGGUGUGGGGCGCGCCGCUGUGCCGGGAGGACUGUGAGGAGUGGUGGGAAGACUGCAGCUCAUCCUACACUUGCCAAUCCAACUGGGACAGCGGCUGGAGUCGAGGGAAGAAGCACUGCCCGGUACAGGCUCCCUGCCGCCCCUUCCCAGAUUACUUCCCCACCCCCACUGAUCUGUGCGAGAAGAUUUGGAGCAGCACGUUCAAGGCCAGCCCUGAGCACAGGAAUAGUGGACGGUGUCUACAGAAGUGGUUUGAGCCCACCCAGGGCAACCCCAAUGUGGAAGUCGCCCUCCGCUUUGCCAACUCUGCCUCGGCCCCGGAGCUUUCUCACGCCCUCGCAGCCUUCUCCCUGUACCCGCUACUCCGUCCCUGA